AUGAAUAGUGUGAAGGCAAAUACCCUGGCACAUUUAUACAAGCAGCUGAAAACUAUCUGGAGUCCACCAGCACAACUCUGCAGCCUGGCCGCCUGCACUCCUAAAAACAGGAAUGAUGCAUUGCAUCCACUUUGGCAGAGUCCGCUUACAAUUCCUGGGGGAACCCGACAGUCUCCUAUCAAUAUCCAGUGGAGAGACAGUGUUUAUGACCCUUUUUUGAAGCCUCUGAAAAUCAGCUAUGACCCAACAACCUGUCUGCAUAUCUGGAACAAUGGAUAUUCAUUCCUGGUUGAGUUUGAUGAUUCUACUGAUAGAUCAAUAAUCGUUGGAGGUCCCUUGGAAAACCAAUACAGGCUAAAGCAGUUCCACUUCCAUUGGGGAGCUAUAAAUGAGUGGGGUUCAGAGCACACAGUUGACAGUAAAUUUUACCCAGCAGAGUUGCAUUUAGUACACUGGAAUGCUGUUGCAUACCCAACUUUUGAAGAAGCUGUGAUGGAAGGUAACGGCUUGGCUGUUAUUGGAGUGUUUUUAAAGCUAGGAGCACAUCAUGAAGAGCUGCAGACACUGGUUGAUGCCUUGCCAGCAGUUAAACACAAGGACACUGUUAUUGAGUUUGAUGUCUUUGAUCCCUCCUGUUUGAUACCUUCAUGCCCUGAUUAUUGGACUUAUGCGGGCUCUUUGACUACUCCCCCGCUUACCGAGUCAGUCACAUGGAUUAUUAAGAAGAAGCCAAUAGAGGUUGAUGAGAAUCAGCUGGAGGCAUUUCGGAUGCUGCUCUUUACUUCAGAUGGUGAAGAAGAAAAGAGAAUGGUAGACAACUUUCGCCCUCUUCAGCCGUUAAUGAACCGAACCGUGCGUUCAUCCUUCCAAAGCAGGCAUCUCUUGAAUGCUGAAGUUCAGCCCGAGGACCACGCUGAGCAGAUCAGGCCAUAGAUGGCUCAUGAAAUGUCAGUCCAGACUGCAGUACCUGGAUAUAACUGACAUGGUUUUUAAGUUAUUUUCCCUUUUUCUGCAGUAUGUGUAUGCCAUACCAUUUCACAGCCAGCCAGUUUCAGUUCUGCUGAGUGCCAUUUGCCCUUCAGUAGAGA